AUGCUCCGCCCCGCCCCGUCCAUCACCUUCCGCAUCUCAAGCCUCGCCUCCCUGCGCAAGCACCUGCAGCAGCCCGUGCCGCCCGCCAUGCCGCCCUUCCGCUUCGGCCAUAAGCCCCCGCGCGCCAUCACCGCCUACUCCGCCACCGUCCCGCUCUCCGCCCCUCCUCCCCGCCCUCCAGGCCGUUUUGCUGCCGAAGAGAGCGCAGCAGCGCCGUCGGUGGCAGCAGUAUCGGUGGAAGAGGCACGAGAGCAGCAGGUAGCCCUCGCCUGUGGUGGUGCUGCUGGCUGUGCAGUGACUGUUGGACGCGCUACCGCCGUGCCGUGUCCAUCGCUGCUUUCACCAUGCUUGUCGCCAAGUUCCCCCGCUUCGUCACUCUCUGGCGCGCGCACAUGUGGUCUGCUAAUUCGAUCUUUUCCCCAGCUGGCGUUUCAGUUCGGCGCGGGGCGGCAGGCUGGGGGCGACUGCUUGGCGUCGCUGCUGGUGCAGGUGCUGGGAGUGAAGGGCAAGCAGCAGCUGGAGACCGGCUUUGCUGCCCACCUGCUGCCACUGCUGCCGGGGGGGAGGGACACGCAUGGGGAGUGGGGAGAGGGAGGGGAAAGUCGGGGGAGGGAGGGGGGAAGGGGGGAGGAGUGGAGGGAGGGGUUGAGGGGGGUGGAGUGGGAGGAGUAUGUGCAGCGCGUGGGGGAGAUUGUUGCCCAGGGAGGGCUGGCAGGCGAGCACAGCGGUGGCAGCAGCAGCAGUGGCAUGGUGGUAUCCGGUGUGGACCCCACCGAGUUCGCCUUCAAGUGCGGCACUCUCUUCUGCCAGCCCAUGUUCGCCCGCGCUGCUGCUCUCAUCUUCUCCGACUGUGCUGCCCACCGCCACAAGGAGAGCGUGGAAGACGCUGCCGUGGAGGGAGCAGUGAACAGGCUGGCAGCGGCGGAGAGAAGCACAGAGGGCAGUGGAGUGCAGGACCGUGGGAAGCGAGCAGUCGAUUCAGAAGGUCCAGCAGUGUCUCCUGCUGUUAGUGCUGCUGGGUCAACAGGUGCGAGGACCAAGGGAUCCAACACUGCAAGCGGCGCCAGGCUGGUGCCCGUGAACAGUAAUGCGGUGGUGGCACUGUUCACGUACCGAGUCACGUGCCUGCUGCAAUGGGUGCGGUUUUAUGGCCCCAGGGUCAACCCUGCUGAGGACUGCCGAUGCUUCAACCAGCUGGGGUAUGCCACCGCGCUCCCGCAUCCACUUCACGACCUUCCAAACCUGCUGCAAAGGUUCGGUGCGGUGCCCAAGCUUCCGGCCGCCACAGGCCAGGAAGGUCUGGCAAGGACGGGCUGGGAGGAGUUUCCAGAGGGGGACAGGGCGGCAGUGGCAGAAGAAGAGAACGACCCUGCGAGGAAGUUUUCCGGAUGCAGCACCUUCCACGUGGGGGCGUUUCGUGGCGGCGGCAGUGAGUUGUGUCAGAUUUAUAUGACAUAG